GAGUCGCGAGCCAGGAGCCGGCGCGCGGGAGAGAACGCGCCCGGGGCGGGGGCCCGCCCGCCCCCUCGGGAUUUCGGGGGGCCGGGGGCGCGCGACGCCAUGGGCCGGCCGGGCCCGGACCCCCUCUGUCUCAGCCCGGCCGCCCCACUUCCGUCUCCGCCAUGAACGGGCCCACCCUGCAGCCCUCCUCGGCCUCUUCUGCAUCCGCCCCCUCCUCGUCGGCCGCGGCAGCGUCGCCGUCCCCGCGGGGCUGGAGCGAGUUCUGCGAGCUGCACGCGGUGGCCACGGCCCGGGAGCUGGCCCGGCAGUACUGGCUCUUCGCCCGCGAGCACCCGCAUCACGCGCCGCUGCGCGCCGAGCUCGUGUCGCUGCAGUUCACCGACCUCUUCCAGCGCUACUUCUGCCGCGAGGUGCGCGACGGCUGGGCGCCCGGGCCGCCGGGGUCCCGGGCCGCGCCGCCUGCGCGCGACUACCGAGACACGGGCCGCGGGCCCCCGGCCAAGGCCGAGGCGUCCCCGGCCGAGUCGGGCCCCGGUCCCGCCGCCCCCGCGCUGCCCAAGGCCCGCAGCUCCGAGGAGCUGGCCCCGCCGCGACCGUCCGCCGCCUGCACCUUCCAGCACCUGCGCCACAGCCUCCGCCACAUCUUGCGCCGCGGCUCGGCCGGGGAGCUGUCCGCCGCCGGGGCCGCGGGGGAGGCGGGCGAAGGCCCGGCGCGGCCCGGCCUGGCCAGGAAGCUCCUGCCCUGGAGCCUGGCCCGCGAGCCGCCGCCCGAGGCCCUCAAGGAGGCAGCGCUGCGCUACAGCCUGGCCGACGAAGCGUCCAUGGACAGCGGGGCGCGCUGGCAGCGGGGGCGGCUGGCGCUGCGGCGCACCCGGGGCCCCGACGGCGGAGCGGACCGCGUGCUGGAGCUCUUCGACCCGCCCAAGAGUUCAAAGCCCAAGCUACAGGCAACCUGCUCCAAUAUCCAGGAGGUCCGGCGAUGCACACGCCUCGAGAUGCCAGACAACCUCUACACCUUUGUCCUGAAGGUGAGUGACAGCUUUCCACACCCGGGGGGGGGGGGUCAUACAUACACACACCUGAGGCACCCACACACUCGCUGCUUUCCUCCCUACCAGGUGAAGGACCGGACUGACAUCAUCUUCGAGGUGGAGGACGAGCAGCAGCUGAAUUCCUGGAUGGCUGAGCUCCGGGAGUGCACAGGCCAAGGGCUGGAGAGCACAGACCCAGAGACGCAUAUUCCCUCAGCCCUAGAGCCUGGCAUGUCCAACUCUCCGGGGGGGAGCACAGAUUCCCUGAACCAAGGUGCUUCUCCUGGGGGGUUGCUGGACCCAACCUGUCAGAAAACAGAUCACUUCCUGUCCUGCUACCCCUGGUUCCAUGGCCCCAUCUCCCGAGUGAAGGCAGCUCAGCUGGUUCAGCUGCAGGGUCCGGAUGCUCAUGGAGUGUUCCUGGUGCGGCAGAGUGAGACACGGCGCGGAGAGUAUGUGCUCACGUUCAACUUCCAAGGCAUAGCCAAGCACCUGCGCCUGUCGCUGACCGAGCGGGGCCAGUGCCGAGUGCAGCACCUCCACUUCCCCUCUGUCGUGGACAUGCUCCACCACUUCCAGCGCUCGCCCAUCCCGCUUGAGUGCGGUGCUGCCUGUGACGUCCGCCUGUCCAGCUACGUGGUAGUCGUCUCCCAGCCACCAGGUUCCUCCAGCACUGUCCUGUUCCCUUUCUCCCUCGCUCACUGGGAUUCGGAGCUGGGCCUUCCCCAUCUCAAUUCUUCUGGCUGUCCACGGGGGCUGGGCCCGGAGGGUCUCCCAGGCCGAUCCUCUCCCCCAGAGCAGAUAUUCCACCUGGUGCCUUCACCUGAGGAACUGGCCAACAGCCUGCGGCACCUGGAGCCUGAACCCACCAGUCGAGCCCGGGACUCAGACUACGAAAUGGACUCCUCCUCCCGGAGCCAUCUCCGGGCCAUAGACAACCAGUACACGCCUCUCUGACGGGCGGUGAGGAACCCUAGGCCUCACAUGUGCCCCCGAGGAGCACAAGCAAGCGGAGAUGUGAACUCGUGAAUGUAACCUUCUUUCCUUCCUUCCAGAGAGAGAUUUAAGGGCCACUGUUAACUGCUCAUUCCAGUUUGGAUGUGACCCUUCUAUUAGGCCUGUUGAAGGGCCUCCUAUAAGUUUUAUCCAUCCAUCA